UAUAUGUCAUUUCAGUUUUUAUUUCUCCGUUAGGCGUGAGACCUUUGUUCCGAUGACUGUCCAACAAAUUGCAAAACAAAAACAAAAAGACAACAAUGAAAGGACCCACAAAAUAUCGUGAUAUCAGCUGGAACCUCUUAACCAUCACAUUUCUUAUCUUUAUCUCAGUUCUUUCCUUAAGUGGAUGCAAGGUAGAUGUCCAACAGUCAAAAAAUUUGAUGAGGCGAAAAGAGCAACAAUUUGUCUCUAUUCCCUGCUCUUUGAACAUAACAAGCUGCCCAGGUCACAGACCUGACAAACUGAGCAUCUCUUGGCAUGUGUUCCGGAAAGACUCUCGCCACCAGCUUGAUUUAACAAACCGAUCAGUCAAAUAUACACUGGAAGAUCAGAAUUUGAAAAUCAACUCAUUGUCAACACAAGACUGUGGUGUGUAUUACUGUGCAGCGGCUCUGCGUUAUGUGGUGCAUAACGGGGCGCAGGCGAUUGGAAAGGGAACCACUUUAAAAGUGUCAAAGAGGGGCUUUAACACCCGUCAAGUACUUUUACUGACAUUGCUUGUCCUACUGAUUGUGUACAGUCUCUUCGUCUUGGGCAUUCUUAUCUGCAUAAAGACUGGACAAAUCAAAUCAGUCUUUAAAAGAAGACUGCGGCAAAGUGAGACGAAGGACUCAGAUAAACUAGUGAUUUUCAGUGGAGUGGUGCAAGAACUGUGCAAGAGGAACCUAGUCAGUGACAAAAUUCAGGCUCACUCCAAAGUUUCGCAAGAAAAGUAUAAAGAUCCUCAAACCCAGGACAGGAGUGAAGAUAUUUACCAAAAUCUUGAUGAGUGAAACACAACUAAACCUCUGAUCCAUGUUUGUCCCCCGAUCUGCAAAACCAUCAGCUUGAAAGCAAAACUGGAAACUUCCACUUCAGGAAAAGGACUGUACAAUGCAAAUUCAGUUGACUGCAUUAUUGUACAUGACAUUUCAUAAUAAUGCUCAUGCUUUUACUCAUGUGUGUUAUUUUUAGUAAAGAAAUAAAGUCCAUUUUGUAAAAUUGUGGCUGGGUAACACAACAUUGCAACAUGUUGUGAUGCCUCUGUUGGUGACAAGAGAAAGUUUUCCACUCUCAUACAUUCCAUAAGUGUGUGAGUCAUUUUGUUUUGCAUUGAUAAAUUUGAGACUACGUUGAUAACUGACUUAAUUUGCUAUGUGGAAAGUAUUUAAACUAAGCUACUGGAGCUAUUGUUAUUUGUAGGGACGGUUUCAUAUGGAGGCAUUUUACCCCCUCAGUUUUUGAUUUUGUGUUGUCUGUUCUUCAAGGGAAUAAAAAUAAUUUCAUAAGAGGGGGGGCAGAUGGUUUAGUGUAAUAAAAAAAAAAAAAAACUGUU